AUGUACCAAGGACUGCACUACGAUCCAGAUAAUAUAAUAGAAGAAGAUGGCGGAGACAUCUCCCAGGAAGACUGCUGGGCCGUCAUUCAGACAUUUUUUAACGACAAAGGACUCGUUCGUCAACAGUUAGACUCGUUCGACGAGUUUGUGCAGAACACUAUGCAAGAGAUUGUUGACGAGAAUAGGAAUCUAGUCCUACAAACAAUACAAGGCUCUGGAAACGAAGGUGAUCAGGCGAGACGAUUUUACAUUCAAUUCGGUCAAGUUUAUUUAUCCAAACCGACAAUGACCGAAGCGGAUGGUAGUUGUCAAGCCAUGUUUCCCCAAGAGGCUCGACUUCGGAACUUGACAUAUGCCGCUCCUUUAUAUGUUGACAUGAGGGAGAAGAUAGCACAUGCGGAUCCUAGAGCACCUGCCAAUCGUGACAAGACGAACGUGAACGAUAUGUUCAACGAAGACGACCUUCAAGAAGAGAAUCAGAAUCCCGCAGAUUUCGAUAAAGUCUUUGUGGGAAAGGUACCGAUAAUGCUAAGAUCAACUUUCUGUGUUUUACAUGGAUUGGAAGAUAAGAAUUUGUAUGCCUUGAACGAAUGUCCAUAUGAUCAGGGCGGCUAUUUUAUUAUAAACGGCUCUGAGAAGGUGCUUAUUGCUCAAGAGAGGAUGGCAACUAAUACAGUGUACGUCUUUGCAAAGUCACCUCCUUCACCAUAUUCAUACACGGCUGAAAUAAGGAGUGCUGUCGAAAAAGGUUCUAAGCAGUCAAGCUCCCUGAUGAUCAAGCUGCUCGCAAAGACAGCCGAAAGAGGAUCAACAGGUCAAUAUAUUCACUCGACCAUACCAUAUAUUAAAAAAGAUGUACCAGUGGUGAUUGUAUUCCGUGCGCUUGGUCUAGUGGCAGACAAGGAGUUUCUUGAACAUAUCUGCUAUGAUGCUAAUGAUUUCCAAAUGCUGGAGACGCUCAAACCGUGUAUAGAGGAGGCGUUUGCAAUACAAAGCCAAGAGGUCGCUUUGGAUUGGAUCGGUCGUAGAGGGACAACUACGGGUGCAACUCGCGAUAGACGUAUAAAGUAUGCAAGAGAAAUAUUACAAAAAGAACUGCUGCCUCACGUCGGUACUGAAUUUAAGUGUGAAACGAAGAAAGCAUAUUUUUUCGGUUAUAUGGUACAUCGAUUACUGCUCGCUGCUCUUGGUAGGCGCGAAUUAGAUGAUCGAGAUCAUUACGGAAAGAAAAGGAUGGAUCUUGCCGGACCACUGCUAGCGUCGCUAUUCCGUAUGCUCUUUAAAAAACUUACAAAAGAUAUUAGUGCCUAUUUGCGCAAGUGCAUCGAUACAAGCCGUGAAUUUAAUCUCAAUUUAGCG